CAAAACAAACCAAUCUAAAACCCUCACCCCACAACUCAAAUUUUGCCACAUGCACCAAUAAAUAUUUACUCCUAUCUCUACCUGGGUCUUGUUGAUUAGAUGAGGUGAUACCCUUUUUCUUUUUCUUUUUUUUUCAAUUUUACUCUUAUCCUCCUUCACUCUUCUGUUCUGUUUUCUUUCGUCAUCUCGCUGUGUAAUAGUUUUUAAGAGAAGCAUUGUUGCUUUCGGUUGCAUUCAAUUAACAAGUUAUAGGAUAGAAUGAUUUAGUAGUUGGAAUCUCGUGUCUGGGUAAUAUAAUUGAUAGGAGAUAAAUAUAGUAAUUUUUAAGAGUUUGUGGGUUGGAUUGUGAAUACUAGUAGUGAAAGUGUAAAAUUAAAAGAGAAAUGUCGAUACCUAAAGAGCCAGAGCAGGUGAUGAAGAUGAGAGGGGGAUCAGUUUUGGGCAAACGAACCAUUCUCAAGAGCGACCAUUUUCCUGGCUGCCAAAACAAACGCUUAACCCCUCAGAUCGAUGGUGCUCCCAAUUACCGUCAGGCUGACUCAUUACGUGUUCAUGGUGUUGCGAUUCCUACACUUGAAGGGAUUCAUAAUGUUCUCAAGCAUAUUGGAGCCCAGAAAGAAGGAAAGAAAGUGCAUGUUCUUUGGAUUAGCCUUCGCGAGGAACCGGUGGUGUACAUUAAUGGGCGUCCCUUCGUUUUGCGUGAGGCAGAGAGGCCCUUUUCCAACCUCGAGUAUACGGGAAUCAACCGGGCUAGGGUUGAGCAAAUGGAAGCUCGAUUGAAAGAAGAUAUCGUGAUGGAAGCUGCAAGAUAUGGAAAUAAGAUCCUUGUCACUGAUGAACUGCCAGAUGGUCAGAUGGUGGACCAAUGGGAACCAGUAUCGAGUGAUUCUGUGAAGACACCACUUGAUGUGUAUGAGGAACUGCAGGUAGAAGGUUACCUUGUUGAUUAUGAACGUGUUCCUGUAACUGAUGAAAAAUCACCAAAAGAACAGGAUUUUGAUAUCUUGGUUGAUAAAAUUUCUCAAGCCGACAUAAAUACAGAGGUAAUUUUUAACUGUCAAAUGGGACGUGGACGAACUACAACAGGGAUGGUGAUUGCAACGUUGGUUUACCUCAACCGCAUUGGAGCUUCUGGCAUCCCUAGAACAAAUUCAAUUGGUCGUGUUUUUGAUUCUGGUUCCAAUAUUCCUGAACAUUUGCCAAACUCAGAGGAGGCAGUUCGUAGAGGAGAAUAUGUUGUCAUUAGAAGCUUGAUACGGGUUUUAGAGGGUGGUGUCGAAGGCAAAAGACAAGUGGAUAAAGUCAUUGACAAGUGUGCCUCCAUGCAGAACCUGCGUGAAGCAAUUGCCACUUAUCGUAACAGUAUUCUGCAUCAACCAGAUGAGAUGAAGAGGGAGGCAUCACUUUCAUUUUUCGUGGAGUACUUGGAGAGAUAUUACUUUUUAAUAUGCUUUGCUGUAUACAUUCAUUCAGAGAGAGCAGCCCUCCGUUCUAGUUCUUUUGGUCAUAGCAGUUUUGUUGACUGGAUGAAAGCAAGGCCUGAGCUAUAUAGCAUUAUCCGCAGGUUGCUGAGGAGAGAUCCAAUGGGUGCUCUUGGGUAUGCAAGUUUAAAGCCAUCUGUGAUGAAGAUAGCUGAAUCUGCUGAUGGCCGCCCUCAUGAAAUGGAUGUUGUUGCUGCUCUGAGAAAUGGACAAGUACUUGGAAGCCAAACUGUUCUCAAAAGUGAUCAUUGUCCUGGUUGUCAAAAUCCAAGUUUACCAGAUCGAGUGGAGGGUGCACCUAACUUCAGACAAGUUCCUGGGUUUUCAGUUUAUGGCGUUGCAAAUCCAACUAUUGAUGGCAUUCGAUCUGUCAUUAGGAGGAUUGGCAACUCUAAAGGCUGUUGCCCAGUUUUCUGGCAUAAUAUGAGAGAAGAACCUGUUAUCUACAUCAAUGGGAAACCAUUUGUUCUCCGUGAAGUUGAAAGACCUUACAAAAAUAUGCUGGAGUACACGGGAAUUGAUCGCGAGAGAGUGGAGAGAAUGGAAGCUCGACUAAAAGAAGAUAUUCUGCGAGAAGCUGAACGUUAUGGUGGUGCUAUAAUGGUUAUUCAUGAAACGGAUGAUGGGCAAAUAUUCGAUGCUUGGGAACAUGUGAGUUUUGACUCUGUUCAGACACCGCUUGAGGUAUUCAAAUGCUUAGAGGAUGAUGGUUUUCCCAUUAAGUAUGCACGUGUGCCAAUCACUGAUGGUAAAGCUCCCAAGACUUCGGACUUUGACACAUUGGCAAUGAACAUUGCUUCUGCUUCUAAGGAUACCGCUUUUGUUUUCAAUUGCCAGAUGGGUAGAGGAAGAACAACUACUGGUACUGUUAUUGCAUGCCUUCUGAAGCUUCGUAUUGAUCAUGGGAGACCUAUUAAAGUUUUACUUGAUGAUAUGGUCCAUGAAGAAUUGGAUAGUGGUAGCUCAAGUGGUGAAGAAACUGGAGGCAAUGGUGCUGCAUCAACCUCCAGGACCACAAAAGUAAGAACUGAAAUAGAUGAAGGCCAUGCAUUCGGCAUGGAUGAUAUCCUGCUUUUGUGGAAGAUAACAAGAUUAUUUGAUAAUGGAGUGGAAUGCCGUGAGGCCUUAGAUUCUAUUAUCGAUAGAUGUUCUGCUUUGCAGAACAUACGCGAAGCCGUCCUGCAUUAUAGGAAGAUAUUCAAUCAACAGCAUGUUGAGCCAAGGGUUAGAAGGGUAGCAUUGAACCGUGGUGCUGAGUACUUGGAGCGAUACUUCCGUUUAAUUGCCUUUGCUGCAUAUCUUGGAAGUGAAUCAUUUGAUGGGUUUUGUGGACAAGGAGAAUCAAAGAUGACUUUCAAAACUUGGUUGCGUCAAAGACCAGAGGUCCAAGCAAUGAAAUGGAGCAUAAGAUUGAGACCAGGGCGAUUUUUCACUGUCCCUGAGGAACUGAGAGCACCACAUGAAUCUCAGCAUGGAGAUGCAGUGAUGGAGGCCAUUGUAAAGAACCGUAAUGGCUCUGUCUUGGGUAAAGGUUCAAUACUGAAAAUGUAUUUCUUUCCAGGUCAGAGAACUUCCAGCCACAUACAAAUUCAUGGUGCACCGCAUGUUUACAAGGUGGAUGGAUGCCCUGUGUAUAGUAUGGCAACUCCAACAAUUACUGCUGCUAAAGAGAUGUUGGCAUAUUUAGGUGCCAAGCCCAAAGCUGAAGGAUCAAUUUCUCAGAAAGUGGUAUUGACUGAUCUGAGAGAGGAGGCGGUUGUUUACAUUAAUGGCACACCAUUUGUCCUCAGGGAGCUUAACAAACCUGUUGAUACGCUCAAGCACGUGGGAAUUACUGGCCCAGUGGUAGAACACCUGGAGGCACGGUUAAAAGAAGAUAUAUUAUCUGAGAUCAGACUUUCUGGUGGUCGAAUGCUUUUACAUCGUGAAGAAUAUAUUCCAGAAAUAAAUCAGUCCAGUGUCAUAGGAUACUGGGAAAACAUCUUUGUGGAUGAUGUGAAAACACCUGCUGAAGUAUAUGCUGCUCUAAAAGAUGACGGAUAUAUUAUAACAUAUAGAAGGAUACCGUUAACUAGAGAGAGGGAUGCUUUAGCUUCUGAUGUUGAUGCUAUCCAGUACUGUAGAGAUGACUCUGCAGGGUGUUACCUUUUUGUGUCACACACAGGGUUUGGAGGAGUUGCAUAUGCAAUGGCAAUUCUUUGUCUUAGACUUGAUGCUGAGGAAAAGUUAGCAUCAAAGGUUCCACAAGGUCCACAUCUUUUUCCAGCAUAUGAGGAGAACUUACCUUCCCGGGCAUCUGAUAAAGAAGCACUUAGGAUGGGUGAUUACCGUGACAUAUUAAGCCUUACAAGAGUUCUUGUCUAUGGUCCACAGAGCAAAGCAGACGUUGACAUUGUUAUUGACCGAUGUGCAGGUGCGGGGCAUUUACGAGAUGAUAUUCUAUAUUUCAGUGAAGAACUGCAGAAGUUUCCCAAUGAUGAUGAUGAACAACGAGGGUACAUCAUGGAUAUGGGUAUCAAGGCCUUAAGGCGGUACUUUUUCCUAAUAACAUUCAGGUCGUACCUCUACUGCACAUCCCCAGCAGAGACAAAAUUCAAAUCAUGGAUGGAUGGGAGGCCUGAACUUGGACAUCUCUGUAAUAACCUUAGGAUUGAUAAAUGAACUUGGAGAUAUAGUAAUGUGAUGUUGUUCAAAAUUCAAAUGUAUUUAUUGUACAGUUUGGCUUAGUAUUUUAAAUCUCCAUUUUUAGCC